CUCAUUAGCAUCGCCUUCAAACAACUCAUCGGACUCUGCGUACUCUACGGAUAGUAUGUCCGGCACAUCAUCACCAAGAGAGCCUGGAACCGUACGGGACCAGGAUAGUAGCUCGCGUUUAUCCAAGGAAAGGAGGCGUCGCGUCCGACACCAUAAAUCCCGCAAGGGGUGCUUCAUCUGUAAGCAACGGAGAGUCAAAUGCGACGAGGUGCAGCCUAUCUGUGGCGCAUGCGCUUUUCGCGGUGAAUCCUGUUCAUAUCCUGUAUCAGCACCAUCCAAUUCUGCCCCAUCCAGGUCUUCUCGACGCUCAUGCUCCGCAGCAGAUUCUUUGCAACCAUUGGAAUUUCGUCACCAAGGACUGUUCACAGAAUUUCCUUUACUCGACCAAAAUAUCAAUCUAGCGGACUUACGACUCCUUUCAAGGUUCAUGAUGCACACUUCAAAGGAGAUGACCCACAGUGCGGCACGCAAAUAUAUCUGGGAGCAGGUGAUACCAGAUAUAGCGACCAAAAAGGAGUAUCUGAUGCAUCUACUCCUCGCUCUCUCGGGCGAGCAUAUCCUAUAUCAAGCCCACAUGGCGGAAUCAACCGCCUUAGGCAUGGACGAGAGUCAGUCUUCCUUGGCCGCCUGCAGCCAACACGAGCUUCAGCUUGAGUACCACCGUGCCAUUCAGCAUCAUCAAAAGGGCCUCGAAGGGUUCCGCCGGGCCUUGACAGAUAUCUCUACCGCCACCGCAGAGUAUGCCUUCUGCGGCGCGCUACUCAUUGUCGCUGUUGCCUUUGCUUCGAUAUCUGCCAGGAAUCAAGAUUACACCGCCGGGCUGGGUUUUAGUCAACCCGACGAUGACCAGAGCCCGUACAUCGACUGGCUGCAUCUGGUCCGCGGCCUGACAAGCAUAGCUGAGGGACACUGGCUCACUCUCAAGCGCGGACGACUGCGGACCAUGUUGUUAUACACGCACGCAAACGACGAUUGGAAGGCGGCUGUACCGGCUAUCUCCUCAUCGCAGUUUCCCCACUUGAGGUAUGCCCCGAAAGUCUUCCACGUGUUUGCCCAAGGUGCCUGCCAAGCACUUCAUAUGCUACGUACCUUUGCAGGGACGCUGUCCCCAAAUCAAGAAACCACAACUUCCAUUGAUCGGGAUAGCUUCGGCAGACCUGAGCAGUCCGAUAACGACGACCAGCCACCACCCAGCAGAGUAGCGGAUGACAGUCCACGGCACGACCACGAACAAGACGAUUAUCCACAACACGACCACCUCCACACCAUCGACAGACUAGAAGAGAUUUACAUGCGCAUCCUCUACGCCCUGCAAUUUUCGCGAAGCGAGCGUGACACCCCCGCCUCCCUCGACAUUCAAAACGACAUCGAAGACAGCGCCGUGAUGUCCUGGCCCUGUAUGCUUUCGGCUCGCUUCUUUGACAGCCUCCAGAGUUCCGCUGUCGACCACCUGGGGGCCGCGGAGGGGUUUUCGUACACGAUCCUAGCCCAUUUCUACCUUGUCUCAAUCCUAUUUCAGGAUGUGUGGUAUCUAAACAGCGGCUUUCGCUCGGAGAUUCAGAAGAUCAUCCGGCUGGUGAGCCGACUAGAGAACGAGGCAUUAAGUGGUCUAUUGACGUGGCCCAUGGCCGUCAUUGCGGAGUCCCGAUGAAAGGAAAUCUGUUAGCUCACUCACACUUUUGACCUUUUC